UUAAAAAUUACCGAAAUUUUUCCUUCGUUCAUUUCUCAGCAGCGACACUCUAAUUCGCAUUCGUCAUAAUGCAUCUCCAUUCAUGUUGUAGUACUGCAGAAGAAAAGAGAAAUGAUUGAUUUUCAAAGAGAAUUUUCGUUCCAUUUUCUCCCUUCAAAUUUACUCUAAAUCAACAAAUUACCAGCCAGAUCUCAUUCAUCCUUUUGAUCUGUUGCGAUCUGUGUAGAAUUGAAUUUUGAGGAAGAUUAGUAAAUAAAUUAAAAGGAAAUUAAUGGCGGGAGCAGCAUCGGCGCUGUUCCUACUAGACAUAAAGGGGAGGGUUCUGGUGUGGCGGGACUACCGUGGGGAUGUCUCCGCUGUACAAGCCGAACGCUUCUUUACCAAGCUCAUUGAAAAAGAGGGUGAGCCGGAUUCUCAAGAUCCUGUCGUAUAUGAUAAUGGUGUCACGUAUAUGUCUAUACAACACAAUAAUGUUUAUCUCAUGACUGCAUCUAGACAGAACUGCAAUGCUGCCAGCCUUCUGCUGUUCCUACAUCGUGUUGUUGAUGUAAGCUUUGUGUUUAAACAUUAUUUUGAAGAGUUAGAAGAGGAAUCUCUUAGAGAUAAUUUUGUUGUUGUGUAUGAGUUACUUGAUGAAAUGAUGGACUUCGGUUACCCUCAAUAUACUGAAGCAAACAUUCUUAGUGAAUUCAUCAAGACUGACGCUUAUAGGAUGGAAGUUACACAGAGGCCUCCAAUGGCUGUAACUAAUGCAGUUUCUUGGCGCAGUGAAGGGAUACGUUACAAGAAUAAUGAAGUAUUUUUGGAUGUCGUAGAAAGUGUUAAUAUACUUGUCAACAGCAAUGGACAAAUAAUUAGGUCAGAUGUUGUUGGGGCAUUAAAGAUGCGGGCAUACUUGAGUGGCAUGCCUGAAUGUAAGCUUGGGCUGAAUGAUAGAGUGCUGCUGGAGGCGCAAGGGCGAUCUACAAAGGGAAAAGCCAUUGAUCUAGACGACAUCAAGUUUCAUCAGUGUGUGCGUUUGGCGCGAUUUGAAAAUGACCGGACAAUAUCCUUCAUACCUCCUGAUGGUUCUUUUGAUCUCAUGACCUAUAGACUCAGCACUCAGGUAAAACCUCUGGUAUGGGUUGAAGCUCAGGUUGAAAGACAUUCUAGGAGCCGCAUGGAAAUUAUGGUAAAAGCCAGAAGCCAGUUCAAGGAGCGCAGUACUGCGACCAAUGUCGAAAUUGAGUUGCCUGUGCCAUCGGAUUCUACCAAUCCUAAUAUUCGGACCUCAAUGGGGUCUGCUUCUUAUGCACCCGAAAAUGAUGCGUUGAUUUGGAAAAUAAAAUCUUUUCCAGGUGGUAAGGAAUAUAUGUUGAGAGCUGAGUUUAGGCUCCCGAGCAUAGUAUCUGAGGAAUCAGCUCCAGAGAAAAAAGCUCCUAUACGUGUGAAGUUCGAGAUACCAUAUUUUACUGUUUCAGGAAUACAGGUUCGUUACCUGAAAAUCAUCGAAAAAAGUGGCUAUCAGGCUCUACCAUGGGUGAGAUAUAUUACAAUGGCAGGUGAAUAUGAACUCAGGCUUAUGUAAAAGGUCACGUCUACAUAUUGAUUUUUCGUCCCCCGACUUGCUCGUAUGGCUAGAAUGACUCAAGGACUCGUAUUAACUGACGAGGUCAUUCGAGACCAACUACCCCGGUUUGAAUAGGUGGAUUCUAGAGCAAAUCCUGAUGUUCUGAGCCAUUUUUGUCUAUUUAAAACUCGAGAUUUGUAAUAGUUGUUCAUUUGCUUCGGUUUUUAUUUUUUUAUUUUUUGACAAAAAUCUACUUAAUUUGUUGUUCUUCAAAUGUUUAGAAAAUGAUACAUGCAUUCCUUUGAAUUAAUGUAUUUAGAACAAAUAUGGCAUUGUUGAAAAUUCAA